AUGGGAUGCGUGGACUGGCUGGCGAAAUGCGUGAGUGCGCUGCUGCUGAUCUCCAUCAACGUUUUCUUGGCGCUCGGUGCCGGCUUGGUGCUUUAUGUGGCGGUUUUCGUGCGUCACACGGGCUGGGUGGAAGUCAUCCAGGCUUAUUGGUCUCCUAUCAACGGGCUCGCUACAACGCUCAUCUGUGUGGCCGGUGUAGUCAUGGCCAUGGCGGCACUCGGUACUAUAGCCACACUGUGUCGCUGGAGAGCGGGGCUCUGCUACUAUAUGAUCUUCGUGAUACUCGUGCUGGUGCUGUUCGCCCUCAUUACCGUCUGCUCCUUCCUGCUUUGGAGCAUGUUUUCUGGCUGGGAGGAUGAGACAUACCCGGCCAGCAGCAGCGAGUCAGACAUCAAGGUCGACUUUGAUCAGGUCUACUGUUACGCCCAGGGCGUGUAUAUCUGCAACGAAGGCUCGGCCUCCGACGCUCUGACCAUGUUCGCACCCGACCUGAAUUCGACCAUCACCGACGUGUUUGCGAAUGUCAGUGGCGGCGUCAACAUACUUUGCGAUGAAUACUUGAAAGAUUACGAUGAGCUCGCAGACGUGUGCAACGGAUGUGAUAAAGCACGCGAGUUCAAACACUUCUCGUCCGUACUUGAGUGGUCUAGGGAGUGCGAACCAGAUGCGAAAACUUUGGCGUGGUGUGGGAAUUGGUUUCUCGACGGGAGUGCAGCGAACACGACAGGGACAACAGCACCUUACACACACUGCCGAGAGGCGUUUCUCGAUCUUGUCAGCAACUACUCGUUAUACCUUGCAAUUGGAAGUGUCAUCGUCGUUAUCGGCUCAGUUGCUGUUAUUAUCAUGUCGUGUUAUUUGCGGCGUCGCGACAUGUACAUGAACGACGUCUAUGAGGCGUUCUAG